AUGAUGAAUCAAGAAUCGCCGGAACAUUCGACUUCUUCCGACGAUUUAUCAGAUAAUGAGCAACUAAAUGAAAUAAAGUCCCGUUUGAUGAAAGAUAAUGAAAGAUUGACGCAGCAAGUAGCUUCAUUAAAAGUCCAAUUAAGAGAAACACUAGAUUUUCAGAAUAAAAAUGAAGAAUUAUAUCAGAAAAACAGGCAACUACAGAAUGACUUACGAAAUGCUCAGACAACAAUCGACGAUCUCAAUUGCAGAUUAUCGAUUAACUUAAAAUUACUCGAAGAAGUAAAAAAUAAGGAAUCACAAGUUAAGCAAAACGCAGUAAAACUCGAUAUAAAAAGCGGCACUGAAAUGCUUGAACGCGAAAGACGAAAAUUUGCAAAACAUAUUUCAGAAUUAAACGAGCAAAUAUCAUCAAAUGAAAAUACAUUUUUACAACAGAAACAAGAACUAUCUAAUAUGCAAGAUACUAUUAACAGAAUCAUUACAGCUGCUUCUUCAAAAUAUAACGUCGUUUUUAAAGAUGUGGAAUCACUCGUAUCAUAUAUCGAACAGAUUCCUGAUAAUACAGUAAUUGAGUCGGCAUCGUCACUCCCUGAGCCAGCACCUCUUUUUGACCCAAGAUUGUUAAGAAAAAUACAAAAACUCAAAAAACAGCUACGCGAAACAAGGUUCGAAGGGAUGGAGACAGAAGGAAAGCUCAAUGAUAUGCUUACUCAAUUCGAAGAAUUUCAAAAAACUGCGAACGAAAAAAUUCAAAAGUUAAAUUCAGAAUUAACAGAUGCACAACACAAAGCUAGCGUAAAAGAAAUCGAACACAAGCACGAAUUAGAGCAAAUCAAAGCAGAAAAUCUUGCAUUAAAAGCAAAUCUUGAAAAAUCAAGUUUCAAAUGCGAACAAUUCGAAAAAGAAAACUCCAAGUUACAGUCAAUGAUAAAACCAACCGAUACAUUACAAGAGCAAAUCGAAUCUACCAAAAAAGAAAAUAUUCAAUUGAAUAAUUUCAUCAAAGAGAUGGAUUACAACAUAAUGACAAUGAAAUCCCAAAUGGAGUCAUUGAAUUCCCAAAACAAAACACUUGAAACUCAACUCCAAUCCUCAAAAAAGAAAUUUGACAAAUUACAAAAAGAUUUUUCAGAUGUUUCAGCUCAAAUCGAUGCCCUCCGCCUCGAAAACUCCACACUGAAGCUCCAGAAGAGUAACGUAGAAGAUCAAAUCCACACGUAUGAUGCCAAAAUCGAGUCAAACAAAGCCCAGAUUCAGCAACUUCAGACAGAAAUCACUGUUUUGCAGGCAGACAAACAAAGGCUGAUGUCUUCAAUCAAAGCAUUAGAGGACAACGAAGAAGAACUCCGCAAAGACCAGAAGAGUCUAUCAGAACAGAGAGACAAACUCGUAAACAUCGUCCAGAAACAAAACAAAGCAAUUUCCGCCAUGGAAGAACAAAUCGAAGCCGAAACAAACGAAAAGAAACUUUUGAAGGAAAGAUUCGAAGACAUUAAAGAUAAAUUGCAAAAAAAACUAUCAAAAACACCAGAAGAAAUCAAGUUGCCGGCCACAGCUUUCUUCAACGAAGGAUUUCCAAGAGAUUUGUGCACGAAAUUGGCUCCGAUCGCCAAAAAAGAAAAUUUUGACAACCAAACAAAACUAAAGAACAUUCUGGAGCAGAUUGCACUGUUUUACAACAACCAAUCUAAGCAGCAGGAAGACUGCAAGCAGAGUGUCACAGAAGAGAACAGGAAACUCAAAGAGUCAAUUGACAAUUUCGCAACAAAAAUUGGAAAUUUAUUCGAAAUGAGCGAAAUAAAUGGAGAAACAGUUUUAAAUGAUCCUUACGCAACAAAGGAACUCGAGAGAAAGAUUUCGAAGCUGCUAACAGAUAAUACAGACCUUAUUGUAUCUAAUAAGACACUAGAGACUCAACUCAAAACAAUAUACACAAAGUUGGAAGUAAAUAAUGAAACAGAAAGUUUGGAAAUGAUUGAAAAAUUAAUUCAAAAAGUGACAAAUUUACAAAACGAAAUAAAGAAAGAGAAAUCCAAUGCAAGCAAGUGCAAGAAGGUAUUUAAAUCUAUUGAAGUAUCCAAAGAUGCUGAAUUGAUACAGAAGAACAAUGAAAUAAAUGAAUUAAAUCAAAAAAUUGAAAAAAUUAAACAAGAAAAUGAAGAUUUGAAGCAAAAUAUAAAUAGAAACAACAAAACAAUACAGACACUGCAGAAGACAACAGAAGAAGCUAAACAGAACUACGAAGAAGAGCUGAACAAACUAAGAUUUACUCAUCAAAAAGAAAUCCAAAAUGUUUCUCAAAAAUUCGACCAGAAAGAGAAAAAAAUUUAUACUUCAAUGGCGAAUAAACAAAAUGAGAUCUCAUCAUUGAGAGAUAAAAUAGCAAAUCUCGAGAAAGCAAACAAUAGUUUGCAGUCUAAAGUCAACGAAAUCCCUGAAAUCAAGAAAUCCCACGAAGAUUCAAUCAGAAAAAUUGUCGAAGAAAACGAAAACAACGAAAAACUUUUGAGGGACAACUUCCAAGUGGAAAAGAACGAAAUGAAGAAGGCCUACGAGAUAAGACUCUCAGAAUGCAAGCAGCAGAGCGAUGAUGUUAUCAAAGCCCACGAAGAAAGCUCAAAUGCUUUGAAAGAAGCAACAAACAGAAUCCAGGAUUUGACACAAAAAUUGGUCGAACAAGGCCUAGAAAUUGAUGACUUGAAAUCGCGUGUUUCCAUGGCCAAUGACGAGUGCCAACGCCAGAUAAGGAUAAAUGACAUGAAGACACGCGCGACACUUCUUUCCCAAGAGAUGCACUAUCAAAACGUAAUUGAUGAAAAUAAAAGUAAUUUCAAUAGAGAAAAGAGAAAGAUCAUUGGAUUUGUUGCUCAACAAUUCAAAUCUUUCUUUGAUGCACACUGCGAAUUAGACGAUAAUAGCCUGAAAACAAUAGUUAAUAAUGUUAAAGACGAAAUGGACAAAUUAAUUAAGACAGACAAGAAUUUAAGGAAGAUAUUAAUGAUAGGAGAAUAUGAUUCCGUAGAAGAUGCUGUUUCAAAAGUUAUGUUAUCUGUUUAUCAAAAAUAA